AUGGCUGACGGCCAUGAUGCCUUCACAAGGCCGCCGCCCCACAGUGACACGGCCUGGCAGGUAGCAGUGGCUCUGCAAGACAUGAAGUUCUCUGCCGCGCAUUUUGUCGCCUUUGACGGCUUCCGAGAACCUCUUCAUGGCCACAACUACACAGUGGGCGCACGAAUCGGCUCCAGGCGGCUUCAGGCAGAUGGUUAUGUGGUCGAUUUUGGUGACUUGAAGAAGGUCAUCAGACGCAUUUGCAAGGAGAUGGAUCAGCGGACACUUCUUCCUGCAAAGAGUGAUGUCAUGUCCUUCCAGCAGGCCUGGCCGGGUGAACGCCUCCCAAAUCAUGUUCUUGGAAUUCACUGA